AUGGCAGGCCUUCCGGCAUCACCUGUUCUGGCAAAUUUAGGCGUCGAUGGCUGUCCCGGCAUAAGCAGGCCUGCAACAGCUGUGGUCACACUUGCCGAUGUUGCUGCCGAAAACCGCCGCAAGCGCAAACUGCAAAGGUUGGAAGCACAUGUAACAGACGCGGAGAUUGCUGAUGCCGCUAUUCGAGAAUGGACUGCUGUGAGUCAGCUUGCUGCGCCAGCUGCUCCAGCUGCUUUAGGUGGGGCAGCCCCGGCCUGGUUCGCACCUGCUUUGGCGGCUGCUUUGGCACCCAUAGCAGCACAGCAAAACACUAUGGCGGCACAGCAAAACACUAUGGCGGCACAGCUGGCCAAUUCACGGCGCAGCCUCAGAAAUGCUGCAGCAUUGCGUCGAGAUGCUGAGAGCGGAGGCUCACAGCCGCUCGAGAUGUUGUGCAAGGAGCUGCCUGGAUUCGGCGCGCUACCGGCAAUGGCAAUGGCACCUGCAGGUGUAGCCGCAGCCCUAACUGCAGCCCCGCCAGCUCCUGGACCAGCCAUCUUCCCACCAGCCGCGCUGACCCAGCCUACAACGACGAGAAGCAAAUUGACAGAUUUUCAGAUCCGUUGCUUGCAGUGCUGGUACAACGACAGCUUCGGCAUUGUAGCAGCUGAUGUUGUUGCCAUCCGGAACGACAAAUUGGUGAACUUCUUGGCUGGACGCUGA